AAGACUGUCACGGGAGGAGUAAUGGUUACGCUUUUCGCCGAGACCAGGACAGCAAACGGCGAGGACAUGGCAUCGUCGACAAUCCAACAAUGUGACAAAUUCACAUGGAUUUCGAGUCGAAGUUUUUCGCUUCACCGAAUUCGGAGUAGCCCGUGCUUGUGAUCAUGUGGAUCACGAGAGCAAGGAAAAACACCGAAGAUUGCAGUGCUGAUGGAGAAAGCAAAAUCGGAUUAGAAGAGGAAGAGCAAGAGGAAGUGGAAUUGUGGCGAUGGGGGAGAAUGGCCGUGCGAAGAAGUUUGUUGUGCAGAUUCCAUCUGCACAGGAGGUAGAGCUCGGCUCUUCCGGCAGAGGUCAAUCUUUUAAUUUUUUUCGGCCUUCGAGUGAGGGAGGAGCAUCAGCCAGUACAAGUGGUAGUGCCAGUGUUGCAGCACCGGCGUUGACACCACCUCCUCUCCGCGUUCAGGCACAGGCCAGUGGACCGGGAACUUCGUUCACGGAAGCUUUUUCGUUUUUGCGAAAUACAGAAUUUUAUUCUCCUCCUCCAGCGAAACCUCCUCCGCCUCCUGCAUCUGCCGCUGCUCCAUCUUCUACGAGCUCUGGAGGUCCCCCUUCGAGUACAACUUUCUCUCAACAAGAAGCGAGUUUAGCUGCUCUGAGUGGUCAAGCUCGUAAUUCCAUACUCGUCAGCCGUCGGCAGCAAGGAAAUCCCAUCUUGAAGCACAUCCGGAACGUUCGAUGGAUGUUCACAGACAUCGUACCUGAUUAUAUUCUGGGACAGACUUCUUGCGCUCUCUAUUUAAGCCUGCGAUAUCACUUACUGCACCCAGACUACAUCUACUUCCGUAUCCGUGAGCUUAUGAAGGGAUUUCGCUUACGUGUAGUUCUGUGCCAUGUAGAUGUGGAUGACGUUAUCAAGCCAUUACAUGAAGUGACGAAGACAUGCUUGUUACAUGACUGCAGUCUUCUUUGUGCUUGGAGUCAGGAGGAAUGUGCACGCUACCUGGAAACUAUCAAAUCAUACGAAAACAAGCCAGCUGAUUACAUACAGGAGCGAACUGACAAUGACUACCUUUCAAGGUUGACGAGCGCUUUGACAACCGUAAGACAUGUCAACAAGACCGACGCCGUCUCUCUUGGAACAGCUUUCGGGACUCUAGCUGGCAUCUUCAAUGGAUCGAUGGAAGAUUUUGCACGGUGCCCUGGGAUCGGUGAGCGCAAGGUGAAGCGACUGUAUGAUGCUUUUUAUGAACCAUUCCGCCGGGUACCGACAACGGUGAAAGUAGAGGCAGCAGAUGGUCAAGAAGUGACCCCCACGCAAGUACCCGAAGUUCAAAAGCACACAGCAGAAGCAAGUGGGAAGUCCGGACAAAAGCCCGGAGAAGGAAAUGUGAGCAUUGGGCAAGAAGUUUUGCCCACCAGUAAGCUAAUCAGUAGGGAUGGUGAUGUAUCUGUGCGGGACGCUUUGAACGCUGUUCGUGGCAAGUUGAAGGGAAAACCUAGUCCAAACAAGGAUGGAAGCAGUAAUAGAAAGAAGGAUGAAACAAGUCCCACCAAGAAAGAGAAAAUGAGUCCGAACAAGAGGAGGCGUUCUAUCAACACCAUUGCACCAGGCACUGAAGUCGUAGAUUUAGCUGACAGUAGUAGUGAACCAAUUGAUAAAAGUGUCCAAGCCACUGGUGUUUGUGCCUUGCCCGCCUCAAAGGUAGCAGAUAGUGCAGCUCUCAAAGAGCAACAUUCGUGCGAGAUAAUUACCGAUCCAAAUGCAGAAAGCUUAGGUGAAGAUUAUGUGAUUUCACUAGACGACGAUUGACCCAAUUUAAAGCGUCUUGUAGCGACCACAUAGUCUUUAUAUCAUUCAUCAUACCACAAAUAUUUCCCAACUAAACCACGGAGUUCAUGUUAUAUAGAAAAUAGAUCAGAACUCAAUUUGGGUCACUUUACAAGGAUCAUCAUACUCACCUGUUCCGAUUGUACACAACAUGCUGGAAGCAACGACAACGAUGUUACCAGCAUUCUCUCCAGAAGUGAUAUCUCCUGCGAAAUACUGCUACAGAGAAGAUAUUUGCUUUAAUGUUCUGUUCGCCACCUCAUUCGUGGUCUGAACUUGUUCUUGGACAUUGUCGUAGACGUCCUUGUCCAAGUGCAUGCGAGUUAUAAAUCUUUGUAUACGUUGGGUACGAACAGUUAAACAAGUA